CCUCCAUGUGAAACAACUCUGUGUGAGAGCCAGACCAAAGCUCAGAGGAACCAACCUGGACCUGAACCCAGCUGUGUGUCCUUAAAAAGCAGUGAUUCAAAGGAAGCUGUGAUUAAUUUCAGACAAAAAAGUUCCUUUGGUAAAAUGAUUCAUCAAAGACCAGACGCACCUGGACAUGAAUAUAAAGAUGAACCCAGCGAUGUCUCCUUUAAGAGCAAUAAUUCAAGGAAACUGCCUACUGAUUUUAAAGAUGGACAGGCUAAUUCUGUAAAGCCUUUAGAUGAAUGUAUGACCACAAGAGGAUCAAAGGAUAUGAGCAUUGAUUUUAAAGGACAACAUUUUGCUCCAGAUAGCUUGGACCAGGAGAGCUCAGAGGUACCCAGUGGGCAAUCUGCACAUUCGUGUCAAACACACUUGGAGUCAAUAUUUAUGCUCGUGGAGGACAACAUCAUCUCUUUUGUGAAGAAACAACUGAAGGAACUACAGGAGGUUUUACAUGCAGAUUUUCCAGAAUACUUAGAAAGUCAGAGCAAGGAUGAAGAGAUGCUGGAGGGUGAGGUUAAAGAGCAGUGGGAAAACAGCAGAGAGGCUUUUGUGAAGAUUACACUGCACUUCCUGAGGAAAAUUAAACAAGAGGAACUUGCUGAUAGUCUGCAAAACAAAAUCUUUGCUCGACGUUAUCAAUAUGAACUUAAAUCUCACCUAAAGAAGAAAUUUGGGUUUGUGUUUGAGGGGAUCGCUAAAACAGGAAAUCCAACCCUUCUGAAUCAGAUCUACACAGAGCUCUACAUCACAGAGGGAGGGACUGGAAACGUGAAUGCCAAACAUGAGAUAAGACAGAUUGAAACAGCAUCGAGGAAACUACACAAAAAAGAAACAACAAUCACACAAGAAGACAUCUUUAAACCCCCACCUGGAAGAGAUAAACAAAUCAGAACAGUCCUGACAAAGGGAGUGGCUGGCAUCGGGAAAACAGUCUUAACACAGAAGUUCACGCUAGACUGGGCUGAAAAAAAGGCUAACCAGAAUUUUCAGUUCAUAUUUCCAUUUGCAUUCAGAGAACUGAAUGUCCUUAAAGAGAAAAAGUUGAGUUUGGUGGAACUUGUUAAUCUCUUCUUUAGUGAAAUCAGAGAAGUAAGAAUCUGCAGCUUUGAGGACUUCCAGGUUUUGUUUAUCUUUGAUGGUCUGGAUGAGUGUCGACUUCCUCUGGACUUUAACAAUACAGACAUCCUAACUGACCCUAGAAAGUCCACCUCAGUGGAAGUGCUGCUGACAAACCUUAUAAGAGGGAAACUGCUUCCUUCUGUUCACCUCUGGAUAACCACACGACCUGCAGCAGCCAAUCAGAUCCCUGCUGAGUGUGUCGACAUGGUGACAGAGGUCAGGGGGUUCACUGACCCACAGAAGGAGGAGUAUUUCAGGAAGAGAUCUAGAGAUGAUCAGCAGGCCAGCAAGAUCAUUUCCCACAUCAAGACAUCACGAAGCCUCCACAUCAUGUGUCACAUCCCAGUCUUCUGCUGGAUCACCGCUACAGUUGUGGAGGAUGUGCUGAAAACCAGAGACGGAGGACAGCUGCCAAAGACCUUGACUGAUAUGUACAUCCACUUCCUGGUUGUUCAGACUAAAGUGAAGAAGGUCAAGUAUGAUGGAGGAGCUGAGACAGAUCCACACUGGAGUCCAGAGAGCAGGAAGAUGAUUGAGUCUCUGGGAAAACUGGCUUUUGAGCAGCUGCAGAAAGACAACCUGAUCUUCUAUGAAUCAGACCUGACAGAGUGUGGCAUCGAUAUCAGAGCAGCCUCAGUGUACUCAGGAGUGUUCACACAGAUCUUUAAAGAGGAGAGAGGACUGUACCAGGACAAGGUGUUCUGCUUCAUCCAUCUGAGUGUUCAGGAGUUUCUGGCUGCUCUUCAUGUUCAUCUGACCUUCAUCAACUCUGGAGUCAAUCUGCUGGAAGAAAAACAAAACACCUGCAGGAACUUUGAAACAAGACAACAUACAGGGUCUCAAUUCUAUCAGACUGCUGUCAAAAAGGCCUUACAGAGUCCAAAUGGAUUACUGGACUUGUUUCUUCGCUUCCUCCUGGGUCUUUCACUGCAGUCCAAUCAGACCCUCCUACAAGGUCUUCUGACACAGACAGGAAAUGGCUCACAGAUCAAUCAGGAAACUGUCCAGUACAUAAAGAAGAAGCUCAAUGAGAAUCUGUCUGUAGAGAAAAGCAUCAACCUGUUCCACUGUUUAAAUGAGCUGAAUGAUCGUGCCAUAGUGGAGAAGAUCCAACAGUCUUUGAGUUCAGAACAUUUCUCCACAGAUGAGCUGUCUCCUGCUCAGUGGUCAGCUCUGGUUUUCAUCUUACUGUCGUCAGAAGAAGACCUUGAGGUUUUUGACUUGAAGAAAUAUUCUACUUCAGAGGAUGCUCUUCUGAAACUGCUGCCAGUGGUCAAAGCUUCUCAAAAAGCUCUGUAA